AUGGCGGACGCAAUAACCGAGGCUGCAGCUAAGCUGCAACUCGACGAGGAGACCGGCGAAAUGGUCUCGAAGAACGAGUUGAAGAAGCGGCUUGCGAAACGCGCGAAGAAGGCCAGUAAAGCAGCCGCAGCUUCAGAUCCUUCGAAGAAGGGGAACGAGAACAACAAAGCCGCUGCCCCGAAGAAGCCUAAACCGGAGGAAACUCAGCUCGACCCCGACGCUAUGUUUAAAGGGGGCUUUUUGGCGCGUGUUUAUGAUGAACGUCCCGUGGGCAAGGAUGUUAUGACUCGUUUCCCUCCUGAACCAAAUGGAUUGUUUGACGAUACAAAUCCUGAGGCUGAGGAGGAGAUCUACUUUACUUCCAUAAUUCAGACCAUUGAGUGGCUCGGCUUCACGCCUCACGCUAUCACAUAUUCGAGCGAUAAUUUUCAAAGACUUUACGAUCUAGCCGAAAAGCUUAUCGGCCUGGAGAAAGCAUACGUUUGCCAUUGUAACGAGGCAGAAAUCAAACUUCAGCGCGGAGGAGAAAAGGGCACUUCGCCACGCUAUCGAUGCAAACACGCCGAACAGGACAUCGAGACGAAUUUGCAGAAGUUCCGGGACAUGCGAGACGGCAAAUACGCACCACAGACGGCGUUCCUUCGCAUGAAACAGGACAUUACAAACCCGAAUCCACAACAUUGGGAUCUCGCCGCUUAUCGAGUACUUUCCAAACCACAUCACCGAACAGGCGAUAAAUGGGUCAUUUACCCAACGUAUGACUUUACGCAUUGCAUUGUAGAUAGCAUUGAGGGCAUAACCCACAGCCUGUGUACCACGGAGUUUCAGCUGUCACGUGAAAGUUACGAGUGGCUUAACUCGACGUUGUCUCUAUAUGAGCCUAUGCAGCGCGAGUACGGUCGCUUGAACAUUUCUGGGACCAUUAUGUCCAAGCGUGGACUUAAGAAAUUGAUUGACGGCAACUAUGUGCGCGGCUGGGAUGAUCCUAGAUUAUACACAUUGAUUGCACUGAGGAGGAGAGGAAUACCACCUGGCGCGAUCCUUUCCUUUAUCAACGAACUCGGUGUGACCACUGCAAAUACCGUUAUUCAGUUGGUGAGAUUCGAGCAGAGCGUGCGUCGCUACCUUGAAUUCACCGUUCCUCGUCUCAUGAUGGUUUUGGAGCCUCUGCGCAUAGUCAUUGAGGACGCGGACUCUCUGGAAUCGAGCGAGCGAGAUCUUACAAUCCCAUUCUCACCUAAAAAGCCCGAACUCGGGACACACCAGCUCCGACUAACAAACACAGUGUUUAUCGACCGCUCCGAUUUCCGUGAAGUAGACAGCAAAGACUAUUUCCGCCUUGCUCCUGGGAAGACAGUGGGACUGCUAAACAUGCCAUACCCCAUCACGGCAACAACAUUUUCCAAGGAUGCAGAUGGCAAAAUCACCGAAGUGCGUGCUGUCUUCAACAAAGACGGCAAAAAGCCCAAGACCUAUGUACAGUGGGUUCCCGAAGAAUCGCGCAAAGUGGAAGUCCGUAUCCACGCCGCACUUUUCAAAUCGGACGAUCCCGCAGGUGUCGAGGGUGGGUUUUUGAACGAUAUCAAUCCCAACAGCGAGACGAUUUAUGUCGAUGCCUUGAUUGAGCCGGGCUUCGAUGAGGUGCGUCGCAGAGCGCCGUGGCCGGCUUCAGAAGGAGAAAAGGCGAAGCACGGACCUGAGAGUGUGCGUUUUCAGGGAUUGCGGAUUGCGUAUUUCUGCGUGGAUUCGGAUUCAACGGACGACAAGGUGGUCCUCAAUCGCAUCGUGUCUCUCAAGGAAGAUUCAGGAAAGAGCUAG